GUUUUCAAUUUCAUUUUCCAUGGUCUUCACGCUUCCAAGUCCGAGGUGGAAGAAGGUACGGAGAAAUUUCCAAAGAUGCAUCGCAUCGAUGUCACAUUCCCUAACUGCGAUUAUUAUAAUUUUCGAAAUGCGUAGAGGGAGAAAAUCCAGGAUCAGGAGAGAGAAAAACUCAGGAGCCGGUGGAGCGAGGAGAGAGAAAGAGUGAGAUAUGUUGGAGGGGGAGGAUUCGGGGAGGGAGGGAGAGAGAAUGGGAAAGGUCGCGUUGUUCGAUGCUGUUUGCCCUUUCGAUUCCGGUUUGAAUGAUUGAGGCUCUUUGCUUUUUCUUUCUUCUGUAUUGAGAGAGAGCUUCAAGGAGAAAGAAACAGUAACGGCCAGCGGAAGAGCAACUGCAGCCGUACCCACAGCGCACACCCUCUCUGUGACUUCUUUAAUUGUAAGGCAGAUUUAUUUGUGUUGUGGGUCUUUUUCGGUGGGAAAAUCUCCGCCUAAAAUUUCAGUUCGGUUCAUAGAUUCACUGGUUUCACUUGCUCUGGGAAAACUUCUUUGAAUCUUGGCUUUCCUUUGGUUUUGCUUCUGGGUUUGAUCUUCUUCGUUAAGAGUGAUUCGUGAUGGGGAAAGGUGGGGAGGAUUAUGGUAGGCGAGAGAUUUCGUGCUCUAAAGUCCCCAAUGGAGAAAUCUUUCCGGCGUGGGCGAAGGAUGUUCUAGAGUGCGAGACGCAUUAUUCAGUGAAUAGAAAAUCUGGGUUGAGGUUGAGCGACGUUGAGAAGCGGCGCAGGAUCUAUGGUUGGAAUGAGUUAGAGAAGCACGAUGGUCCGUCGUUGUGGAGUCUGAUUCUCGAGCAAUUCAGUGAUACUCUGGUUCGAAUUCUGCUUGUUGCUGCGGUUGUCUCGUUUGUGUUGGCUUGGUAUGAUGGAAAUGAGGGUGGCGAGAUGGAAAUUACGGCAUUUGUGGAGCCUUUUGUGAUUUUCCUUAUAUUGAUUGUUAAUGCUAUUGUUGGAGUUUGGCAGGAGAAUAAUGCAGAGAAGGCAUUAGAGGCGCUCAAGGAAAUUCAAUCAGAGAAUGCCGCGGUGAUUCGUGAUAAUAGGCGAAUUCCCGACUUGCCUGCAAAGGAGCUUUUGCCAGGUGAUAUUGUUGAGCUUAAGGUUGGGGAUAAGGUGCCGGCAGAUAUGCGAGUGGUGGAAUUAAUUAGCUCAACCUUGAGGGUUGAGCAGGGGUCAUUGACUGGAGAGAGUGAAGCUGUUAAUAAAACGAAUAAGGUUGUUCCCGAAGACACUGACAUUCAAGGGAAAAGAUGCAUGGUUUUUGCAGGAACGACUGUUGUGAAUGGGAGCUGCAUUUGCUUGGUUACGCAGACAGGAAUGGAAACAGAACUUGGAAAGGUGCAUUCCCAAAUUCAUGCAGCUUCGCAAAGUGAAGAAGAUACCCCAUUGAAGAAGAAGCUGAAUGAAUUUGGAGAGACCCUUACGGAAAUAAUUGGGGUGAUUUGUGCACUUGUGUGGCUCAUGAAUUUCAAGUAUUUUCUUACAUGGGAUAAUGUUGAUGGGUGGCCAAGUAAUUUUAGGUUCUCUUUCGAAAAGUGCACAUACUACUUUAAGAUUGCAGUUGCCUUAGCUGUGGCUGCUAUUCCAGAGGGUCUGCCUGCAGUCAUUACAACUUGCCUGGCUCUUGGCACACGGAAAAUGGCUCAGAAGAAUGCCCUUGUGCGUAAGCUGCCCAGUGUCGAAACUCUGGGUUGUACCACUGUAAUUUGUUCUGAUAAAACUGGUACCCUGACUACCAAUCAGAUGGCGGUGGCGAAGCUUGUGGCAAUGGGUUCUACGGUCAGUAAGCUUCGGGCCUUCAAGUUAGAUGGGACUACGUACAAUCCUGAAGAUGGAAGAAUACAUGAUUGGUCCACUGGCCCUCUGGAUGCUAAUCUUCAAAUGAUUGCUAAGAUAUCUGCAGUGUGCAAUGAUGCUGGGAUUGCGCUAUCUGAUCAUAAGUAUGUUGCCACUGGAAUGCCAACGGAGGCAGCUCUAAAGGUUUUGGUUGAGAAAAUGGGCCUCCCUGAUAGUUCUCGUGAUCAGUCAUUUUCUAGUUCUGGUGAUUUGCUACGUUGUUGCCAGCGAUGGAAUGAAAUUGAACGGCGAAUUGCAACUCUUGAGUUUGACCGUGAGAGGAAGUCCAUGGGUGUUAUUGUCAACUCACAGACUGGGAAAAAGUCAUUAUUAGUAAAGGGUGCUGUAGAAAAUGUGUUGGAGCGAAGUGCUUUCAUUCAGUUGCUUGAUGGUUCAGUAGUAGAAUUAGAUCAUGAUUCAAGGAACCUUAUUUUACAAGCUCUUCAUGAGAUGUCAUCGGUUGCACUACGCUGUUUAGGCUUUGCAUACAAAGAUGAGCUUUCAGAGUUUGCAACUUACGAUGGUGAUGAAGAACAUCCAGCUCAUACACUGUUACUAAAACCUGACAAUUAUCCAUCAAUUGAGAGUAAACUCAUUUUUGUUGGCUUGGUUGGGCUGAGGGAUCCCCCUCGGGAAGAAGUUCAUCAAGCUAUUGAGGACUGCAAAGCUGCUGGCAUUCGUGUUAUGGUUAUAACUGGGGACAACAAAAAUACAGCUGAGGCAAUUUGUCGUGAAAUAGGCGUUUUUGGGCCUAAAGAAGACAUUCAAUUCAAAAGCAUAACUGGUAAAGAGUUCAUGGAGCUUCGUGAUCAGAAAGCUCACCUGAGACGAAGUGGUGGGCUUCUGUUUUCAAGGGCUGAACCAAGGCAUAAACAAGAGAUAGUGAGGCUGCUUAAAGCAGAUGGGGAGGUUGUAGCCAUGACAGGUGAUGGGGUGAAUGAUGCACCUGCCUUGAAAUUGGCUGAUAUUGGGAUUGCAAUGGGCAUAGCUGGCACAGAGGUUGCUAAAGAAGCCUCUGACAUGGUGUUGGCUGACGAUGAUUUUAGUACAAUAGUUGCUGCUGUUGGUGAAGGGAGGUCUAUCUACAACAAUAUGAAGGCUUUCAUCAGGUACAUGAUCUCUUCAAAUAUUGGUGAGGUUGCCUCCAUAUUUCUAACGGCAGCUCUGGGUAUCCCUGAAGGUCUUAUCCCAGUUCAGCUUUUGUGGGUAAACCUGGUCACUGAUGGCCCCCCUGCUACAGCUUUGGGUUUUAAUCCACCAGAUACAGAUGUAAUGAAGAAACCCCCUCGCAGAAGUGACGACUCACUCAUUAAUGCUUGGAUUUUAUUCCGCUAUCUGGUAAUUGGUCUGUAUGUUGGCAUAGCAACAGUGGGCAUUUUCGUCAUCUGGUACACGCAUGGUUCCUUCUUUGGCAUUGACCUCAGUCAAGAUGGUCACACCCUUGUCACAUACUCCCAGCUUGCUCACUGGGGUCAGUGCUCAUCCUGGGAUAAUUUUACAGUUUCGAACUUCACCGCCGGUACUCAGGUCUUCUCCUUUGAUCAUGACCCCUGUGAUUACUUCCGGGGUGGCAAAGUGAAAGCAACGACGCUCUCCCUCUCUGUUUUGGUUGCCAUUGAAAUGUUCAACUCACUGAAUGCCCUUUCCGAGGAUGGGAGCCUCUUGACAAUGCCCCCGUGGGCGAAUCCUUGGCUGCUUGUGGCAAUGUCAGUCUCAUUUGUCUUGCAUUUUUUGAUUCUGUAUGUGCCGUUCCUUGCUCAAGUAUUUGGCAUCGUGCCCCUGAGCUUCAAUGAAUGGCUCUUGGUUUUGGGCGUAGCGCUCCCAGUGAUUUUCAUUGACGAGAUUCUAAAGUUUGUUGGAAGGUGUACUGGUGGGUUCGGAACACCCAGCAGAAAGAAACACCACAAGUCCAAGUCAGAGUGAGCUAACUUGUCAAAGACUUUGUUGGAGAAGUUGCAGCAUCACCAUGCUGUAUUCUCGUGCUUUUUAAAGAACACAUGAAUAGUUCAGAAUGGUUGCGUUUUCUCGUUUAUGUUUUUCUUGGUCCCAUCUUAACCUGUUAUUACCCUUAGGAUGAGGGAUUGUUUGGACCUUGAAAAACUGCCUACACUAACAUGCAUAUUUUUAUCUUUCUAUCA